GAUAGAUGUGAUAGGGUCGCAUGAGCCUUUGAGGUGAGUCAUGAUCCUUCACAGUGUCAUCCUCCCUCCUUCUGCGCUGCUCUCUGUAAAGCUCCAUCUCCGUCAAACUCCUUGCCUUCUGCUUCCAUCUUCCAAUGUCAGAGCUUUACAUGUGAAGAAAAAGGCGAACCUGCGAAGGAUCAGGGAUUUGAAAUGCAGUGCAGAAUUUUCUCAGGACGCCCCUUUUGCGGUUGCAAUCGGAGCUUGCGUUCUCAAUUCGCUGAUUUUCCCGGUCUCUAGCGUACCGGAAGAUGAUGGCAACUCUACUAUCGAUGCUACUGAUGCGAGGUUUGCCGUGAUGGGAAUCAUAAGCUUCAUACCCUACUUUAAUUGGCUGAGUUGGGUUUUCGCGUUGCUUGACACUGGUCGACGGCGUUAUUUGGUCUACUCCAUCGUAUACUUGCUCCCUUACCUCAGAACGAACUUGUCACUUUCUCCUGAGGAGAGCUGGCUGCCAGUUGCUAGCAUUGUCUUCUGCAUUAUUCACAUUCAGCUUGAGGCAAGCAUCAGUAAUGGAGAUCUUCAGGGCUUCCAACAAUUUGGUGCAGCUCUAAAGUCUCUCUCAUCGAUGACCAGGAAAAAAGAUGUUUAUUUUGAAGGUCAUCAAGGAUCUCCAGAAAAGGAAAGGGAAAAGGGAAAAAUGAAUCCACCCUCUGCUGGAGAAAAAUCAAGUAAAGAGAUUCAGGGAUGGAGAGUUCACAGAAAGCCACUGGAUGAACAAGACCUAAAAGAAAAUGGUGACUCGAAUGACAGUGAUGGAUGGUCCUAAUGGCUGCAAUUUAAUGACAACGUUCCUUUUCUGAGGCA